AUGGCUGCACAACUUCCCACGCGCCAAUUGGGCAAGGAUGGGCCGUGGGUUAGUGCGUUGGGGUAUGGGGCUAUGGGGCUGAGUUCUACGCUCUACGGCGAUGCUGGAGACGAGGAAGAGCGGUUAGCGUUUCUGGAUAAGGUGUUUGAGAUGGGCUGUACGUUCUGGGAUACUGCUGAGGGCUAUGGGGACAACGAAGAGCUGAUUGGGAAGUGGUUCAAAAGGACUGGAAAGCGUGAUCAGGUAUGCUCUACCUUCGUUCUAAAUCUUGAGAGUAUGUGA